CUCUGAAACACACAAUAAAACUCUUUGAUUUUGGCACCGAUAGUAAUUCUGUCUUAAUUGUAACCUUGACACUUUUGACGUUAUUAUUUAAUUUUCUUUAUCAUCGACAGCAUCAAAAUAAAAAUCAUAUAAAAUGAAAAAACUUAAUAGAAUCGCUAAAGAAUUAUCACAAAGAAAAACGAUUCUAUCCAAACUAACAUCAAAAAACUCAUGCAUUGUUUAUAUACUCAUUCUUUUUUGUAUAAUUAUUAUGGUUCAAACUACGAUGGUGUAUUACGAAAAAUUGAUCGUGUUUCGCUGGGUAAAAGGAAAAGGUUUACAAAUUUCUAUUGAAAAUAGUGUAAAAUAUCCAAAUAAUAAUUUUGAUGAUAAUUGUAAUAUCACGAAAGAAAUGUUAGUUAUAAUAUCAUCUUCCCCAUCCAAUUUCGCCCAACGAGACGUAAUAAGAAAAACUUGGGGAAAUGAAAAAUUUUUGGCUCCAAGAUCGAUAAAGAUUUACUUUUCAAUGGGAACUCAAACGAAAUAUUUGGAUAAUUUAAAAAACGAAGCAUUUAAUCAUAAUGAUUUAAUUUUAUUUAAUUUCAGCGAUUUGGACACUAAUAAUACAUUUAAAUCAUUGCACCUAUUAAAUUAUAUUUUUAAUAAUUCUUAUGAUUACAUCGUAAUAACAUCUCAAGACGUUUAUUUGAAUCUUCCGAAACUAUACGAUUUUCUCCCAAAAUGUCCCGUUGGUUUAAUGAUGGGUAAUUUGAUAAUUGAGGAACCUAAAAUUUAUAAAAUAUGUGUUAACUUUACUUGCCAAAUAUUAAAUUACACCGAACAUUUAAGAGAAACUACUUACGUUGCUUCGUUAGAUGUGAUUAAAAAAUUUUAUAAAACGACUAAAAUUUAUAACGAUGGUUCUUUAAUAAAGAACGAUUUUAUAACAGGAUUUUUACCCACUAUAACAAACGUAACAUUGGUGAACCACCAUAUGUUUACUUACAUGGAAAAUGUAAUUGAUCCGUGUAUUUUGGAGAGUGUUAUCGUUUCUCAUAAGUUAACACCAGAAAAAAUUAUUGAGGCUCACGCAAAUAUUAUAGGAUUACAAUAUAACCAACAAAUUUGUGAAGGAACCAUUGUGUUUGGAUCCAAAAUAAAUGCUAACGAUUCAAGUUUACUACCCCCUAUUUUCGAUAAGAAGAUAUCUUUAGGUCCUCGUAAUCCUUUUGGUCCACACAUUAUAAUUAAUUAAUAAUUUUAUGAUACACAUUUUUGUACAUCAAUAAAUAUGCAAAAAGUUGA